AGCGGCGAUCCGUUAGCUCCUCUCUCUCUCUCUCUCUCUCUCUCUCUCUCUCUCUCUCUCUCUCUCCUCCGUCACGGGAAAUCAGAGAUCAUCAUCAAUGCAUUUAGUUUGAAUCGGUUUUCGUGAGCUCUACUUGAUGUUUGACAAGAUUAAAAAGCGAUUGAUUGGAUUGAAAAAGUAUCCAAUCGGAGCCGAGCAUUAUGAGCUGUAUGAGGAGAUAGGCCAAGGUGUUAGCGCCUCCGUUUAUCGAGCUAAGUGUCUUGAUAAUGAUGAGAUUGUGGCUAUCAAAGUUCUCGAUUUUGAACGCGGAAACUGCGAUCUGAACAAUGUAUCGCGUGAGUCUCAGACAAUGAUCCUGGUUGACCAUCCAAAUGUUCUCAAAUCACAUUGUUCUUUUGUAAAUGACCAUAACCUAUGGGUUAUUAUGCCUUUUAUGGCUGGUGGUUCGUGUCUCCAUAUGUUGAAGGCUUUCCAUCCUGAGGGUUUUGAAGAAGCUAUUAUUGCAACUAUACUACGAGAGGUGUUAAAAGCAUUGGAGUAUCUUCAUCAUCAUGGGCACAUCCAUAGAGAUGUCAAAGCUGGAAACAUUCUCAUUAGUGACCAAGGUGCAAUCAAGUUGGGCGAUUUGGGCGUUUCCGCUUGCUUAUUUGAUCAUGGUGACAGACAACGUGCAAGGAAUACAUUUGUCGGAACACCAUGCUGGAUGGCGCCUGAGGUUAUGGAGCAAUUGCAUGGAUAUGACUUCAAGGCUGAUAUAUGGUCAUUCGGUAUAACGGCUCUCGAGCUUGCUCAUGGGCAUGCUCCUUUCUCUAAAUACCCUCCAAUGAAGGUUUUGCUAAUGACCUUACAAAAUGCACCUCCGGGUCUCGAUUACGAGAGUGACAAGAAGUUCUCCAAGUCUUUUAAGCAGAUGACUGCGAGUUGCCUAGUUAAAGAUCCUUCAAAGCGUCCUUCUGCUACGAAGCUUUUGAAGCAUUAUUUUUUUAAACAAGCUAGAACAAAUGAUUAUAUAGCACGUAAGCUUUUGGAAGGCCUCCCAACAAUCGGUGAUCGCAUUCAGACAAUGAAGCAAAAAGAGGAAGAUAUGCUUGCUCAAAAGAAAAUUCCAGAUGGGCAGAAGGAGGAAAUUUCACAGAAUGAAUAUAAAAGAGGGAUCAGUGGAUGGAACUUUGACCUUGAAGAUGUGAAGGCACAGGCUUCUUUGAUCCAGGAUGAGGACUGUGUAUCUGAAAGGAAGCUUCAACAUCAACUGUCAUCCUUGAGUGAGGCUUCAGAAACUACUGAAGCUGAAGGAUCUGCUCCAGCUGGAUACUCAGCUUUGGGUUUCUCUAUAAAAUCAGAAGAUGAGUCAAGCGCCGCUGGUUCUACCAAUGGACACUUGGUUUCCCAUAGUUCAUCUCCCCAUGCUGAUAACGUUGAGAUUAAUGGAAAACCUUUUGAUGGCAUUCCUACUCAUUCACAUCAUAGAGCAGCUUCUUCUGGCUGCAUUGCUUCACUGGAUAGUGAAAAAUUGCAAAAACAAUUUUCUAGAGUCCCAAGCUGCAAUGGCACACGAUCAUUUCAAGCAGAUGAUGUUGUCCCUGGUGGUGAUGAACAUCCAGUUAUUCAACAGAAAGGGCGUUUUAAGGUUACAUCCGAGUGUCACGAUGCAGCUAUACCUCCUGUGUUGCAGAAGAGUCACAGUAUGCAGGUAAUAGGCCAAAGUCACAUAGGUCAUCAAUCAUCUGCGGUCGAUUUUACUCCUAUGCCACAAAAUCAUCUUCCUCUUCCCGCCCUCCAGUUUAUUUUGCAGACAAAUACUCUUCAAAGGGAUUGCAUUUUGAAUCUAAUGAAGGCAAACUCCACCGGAGAUUCUAUAGCUAACUUGAAUGUAGAUGGAGGCUGCUUACCUACCAACAUUCCCGUAUCAGAUAAAUCCACGCUGGAUGCGGCAAACAGCAACAGGGAAAAGGAAUUACUAAAUGAAAUAACUUAUUUACAAUGGAGGCUCGCAUGUGCACAAGAGGAGCUCCAGAAAUGUCGAACCGAAAAUAUUCAGGUUAUGACUCCCGGUUCGGAAUUCGAGAACUUUUUUUCUCCAAGAUCGACUCCUGAAUAAAAAAGGUCAAGCUAUUAAGUGUUUAUAUAUCUUUAGUGCUUUGCUGUUGAGGGUUGAGGCAUAAAUUGUAGGGGAUGCACUAAUGCCCCUAAAACCAUCCUCCAUUCUAACCUUAUGUUUAGGUGUUCUUUUUUAUUUGUGCACAAAUUGUUAAGAUCAUUGUUCUAUACUUGUACAUGAAGUCCCUUCAUUUAUUUAACAUAAAACUGAAUCUGCCUUGUCGACGUAAACCUGAGUAUUUAUGUGAUCACUAUUGUGGUUUUGUUACA